ACCCUAUGUCUUCCCGGUUCUUCAAAACGGAACCCCAGUCACUUCCCAAUUGAGCCCAAAAGAGUUCGAGCGUCGGUCAAGUGUCAUGGGCACGCCGACAACGGAGGAGGAGGAGCGGCAUCAGCGCUACCAGACAGUAGCGUCGGCCACGACCUCCAUCCUCUCCAUCAUCGGCGCUUUCUACAUCAUCGGCCGCUACUGGUACGCGCGGAGACUCAAGGCCAAGUCGCUGUCAGUCUACGCCGCCUCAGCGCACCACCUCGACGUCACCAAAGAGCUCAUCCACAUCAUCGCCUACCUGGCACGUGUUCCUGUUGCUUUUUAUGUCGAAUACAUCUGACGAACCAAUUCUUACAGGACCUCUUCGGCGCUACUGGACGCGCGUUCGGCCAACUACCCACAGAGACGUUCAACCAAGACGCAGGUGACCCCGUAACGCCAAUCUGCAAGCUCCAGGCCUUCAUUAUCACGUUUGGAGAUGGCGCGCCGAUCGCGUGGAACUUCAUCAUGGCGCUGAAUUUGUACCGCUGGGUGUGUAUGGGCGAGGACCAGCAGAUGCUCAUGAAGAAGAUCAAGUGGUACAUUGUCAGCACCAUGCUCUUCACAGUGGGGAUCCCUUCUAUCUGCCUCAUUUUCAACAAGUUCGGAGACGCAGGACUCUGGUGUUGGGUCGUAGUGGAGCACGACUCGACCGAGGAGUUGUGGUGGAUGUUCGGUGUUUUAUACUUUUGGGUCAUCGCUGGGGGCAUCGCCAUGACCAUUUUCCUCGUUUUGGUCAAGAUCAACAUGAAGAAAAGACUCAAAACCUACGAGAACGACGACGCCAACGACGCCUACUACGCGGUAGUGCACAACCUCACGAUCUAUAUUACAGGCUUCAUUUUCUGCUGGCUACCGGCUGUGGUGGACCGAGCAUACGCCACGUUUACAGGCAAUACGUCGUUCACUCUGGACUUCCUACAUGCCACAAUUGUACCGCUUCAAGGCUUCGUUAACGCUGUUAUUUACGGGAAAUUUCACAUCUGGGUGGUUCGACACGUCCGAGAGCCAUGGGUGAGCAAUGGUGGGUCAUCUACGAAGAACAGUAAACUGUCAGAAGAUAUGCUGCGACAGUCCGUGAGAUUACGGGAGCAAGAGCGACAUCACAUGGGCACAGCGACCAUCUUUGUCACUACGUUCGAUAUGAACUGGACUGCGUGUCCUACCAACUUGAGUGACUGGAUUCCAGCAGGAAAAGACUUGUAUGUUUUCUCACUCCAACACUGCGUCGAAGUGCAGACGAUCGAGCAAGUGAUCCGAGGAUAUCUUCUCCAAGUAAAUUACCCCACGGCGUACCGAUCUAUCACGUCGAUUGCUGGAACGGCAGUGCGAGGCCACGUCCAAGAUGCGUCGGUGUGUCAAAUUGUGUUUGUAAAUAACGCCGACGAUGCCAGUGGGAAUGUAAAGUUUCAAGCUGCCGACGGACGGAUCUGGGCGCAGAGAAAAACGUUUAACGAGGUGGUGGGGAUCCCGAUCCGCUACUUCGAUGCGUCUAUCGCGUUUGUAUCGUGCAAUCUCAGUACGUCGCUCAGCAAUAACUCGCAACGUCAGUACCGACCAGUGGAGAACAACGUCUUCGCUAAACACGCAGUGGCUUCGAGUCUGAUCCACUCGUUCGGUAUGGAUGCGGACCGAGCAGCAGUUGACUUCCCGAAUUUAUACCACCACACGAUCCUGUCCGGUAACUUAAAUUACGACGUGGACAUGUCGUCGUCCUCACUGGCUGCUGGAAUCGAUCAAGCGUACAAGGCGGAGUCGUUAAAGAGAGCGACAGAUACGGCGAUUGAGGCUCAGAUCAAGGCCAUUCGAGAUGCCAAGAAGUCGAUCGACAAGAAGAGCGGAGAGUUCCAGAACGACCACACGAUCUUGGAAGAAAGUAUUGGCUGGAGUAGUCAACGGAGCAGCGCUGAAGCCUCAUCGUCCAGUGGCAGCAGUAUUUAUGAAGAAGUGUACACUUCUUACGACGGAGAUGUCCCGUUCACGUUGUUGAAAACGCCCUCCGAUCAACUGACACGCCCCGAUAUCCUCACACCAGUAAUGGAUGACGAUAGCUUGGAGAUUAUUAUCCAGGACGGUAGUGAUGAACGUGAGAAGAGUAAACCGAGCAGUUGGGCUUCUUUCUUGGACGACCAGCUGCCGUCACAAUCGCCCGAAAACCGUCUGGGUCUCUCGUCUUCAAGUAACAAACAGCGGUCCAGCGAUCGAUUGACGUCGAGUGGCCAUUUCGUCCCCCUUGGUCGUGGGAACAUCAAGAAGAUCCGAGAUCUACUAUCCAAGUCCGACCUGGUAGCUGAGAACACGGCUCGAAAGUGGCUGGAAGUUCUUCGAUACGAUGAACUCCGUGCUUCUAUCGAGGCCAAGGAGAUCUUCACUGGAUUCGAAGAACCUCCUAUCCGGUUCCUGCCUUCUUUCCCGCGUAAAAUCGGCGUCACUGCUACGUUUUCGAUGGUCGGAGAGCGUUCGUGUCGAGAUCUUUUCUGCGAACCUGACGAAGAAAUGUUCGUCGGAGACGCAUUACCGGCGUAUAAGGACCGUAUCUUGGCUCAUUCGUUAAGUGAUACGAAGCAACGGAUCAAGAAUGUUGGCUACUGGUCAUGUGAAGACAUCGUGACGUCCACACACAAGCCAGUGUGCAGUAUCUACGAGCUGGAGAUCGAUCGCUUCUUCUCGUACAACAUGGACGAAGCAGCCAUCGCAGAUUUGCGUCAAGGUAACCACGCGCUUCGAGAUAAGCGUGACGUGCACGAGUUUAAGAUCAAAUUGGUGAAGCUGGACGCCAAUAUCUGGACGUACGAAGAGCGUGAUGGAGGUUCUAUACUGCAGAAUACAGGAUAUCGUUGGCGAGGGCAUGGGGGAUCGAACCCGUCAAGUAGUCGACGAAGCCAGAGCAGUCGUGGAGCCAUCAACUCGAACAGCACAACCAGCAGUGGAGAGUCCUCACGCCACAGUGUGCGAGUCUCCAUGAGCCGUAGGAAGUCAUCGAUCGCUCACGUGGUUACACGUGUGCUUCGAAAGAGCCGUCUACGCUCUGGUAGUGGCUCGAGUUCCAGAGCUACGACGACUCCCAAUCAGUACUCUGACUUCACUGUUGGACCGGCAGGAACGCAGCCUUUGGCCAUGACGAACGAUCGUCUGUCGGCUCUCGCUGCUUCUCGACUUGAACUGAUUCCAGUGGAGCCUGUGAGUAUCUCCACCAUUUUCCCACUACCGUCUGAAGACGUCUAUGCUCUUCAACGUAAAGUCUACGAGGUCGCUCACUUGGUGCAGAAUGGUUUCCAGUCCAGCGCUCGUGUGGACGACGACGAGGAAUCUCAGUUGGCGUACACAAACUUCCGGACUGUAGCGUGGAGAGAGGCCAUGUCCAAUGGCGUGACGCACUCGGCUAUCACCAAGGCAGUGAACGGAGGCGUGCAUAUCGCUAUCAGUAUUGAAGCCGAGAAGGGCCAUGGAGGGCAAGGAGUGCUCUGUCUUAAGGAGUCCGACUUGAUGAUGCACGCAGCGCCUGUGCUCUGUGAAGCCAAGCCGAUCCCGUUCGAUGUGACUCUGACGUGGGGAGGCAAGCACGUGGGUUAUCUUCAUGGAGAUAUCUUGUGUUCUAUGUAGUCAGAACGCUGGCACUUCAUCACCUGAUGCCAGAGAUGUCCUAAAAGCUAUUUAUUUUGUCACUCUGUGUUGUCUCCUAUAUCUCCAGCAAGUUCCAGCAACGAGAUCGCUUCCGACUCUGCGUGAUCGUCUUCUAACUCACCGACCGGAGUCUCUGAUGUCGGUUUAACAGGGCUGAACUCAUCGUCAAAGGCUUCACAGACAUCGUCUUCGUCUGACGAUGAAGCCGAUGAUGACGACGCCACUGACAGGUUUGUUGACAGAUACGGAGGAAGUGGAGGUGGCGAGGGCGAAGGAGAUGGCAAUGGUUGUGGAGCCUCCCAGUCCGCUGGCUCUGGUCUUCUUGAGUCUUCUGUCGGUGGACGGGUAUCUGCUAUGACUGCAGGCUUCACAUGCUUGAGUCGCGCCUCCGCUUCGAUGCGUUGUCGUCGCUCCAGAUGCAGUUGCUUGCGCAGAGCUGCAAGUUGUUCCAGCAUGGCAUUCUGCAACAAGUUCUUGGCGUUUUUCAGCUUCUCAAUCUGUGAGCGUUGGGCUUCCACUUGAUGCUCCAGAGCCUGCUGCUCUUCCAGCGACGACGCACUGAUAGUCACAGCUUCACUCAUGGCCUUGGCAGCUUCGUUGCGUUGCUUCGACAACGCUGCAAGAUCCUGUAGUGCUCCUUCCAUCGCUUCUCGCAGUGCUUGCUCUUCCGAUCGCUUCGUCUCCAGUUGUCCAAGUAAAUCACGUCGAGCAUUUUCCAAUGCUUCGAUCUCUAAGCGCAACUUACUGCCGCCUUCUUCAUGCUGUUCAACUGUGACUUGCAGCUCCCGACAUACAUCUUUAGCGGCCAAGAAAUCGUCCUCGAACUUCUUACGAGCAUCUCGUAGUCGCUCCAGCUCCAGUUCCAGUUCUUUCUCUCGAGAUCGCAGCGUUGAGUUGGCUUCUUGUUGCUCUCGGAGCGUAACCUGAACGCGUUCACACUCGUCUCGCUGCUGUUGAGUCUCCUGUCGUGCUGUCUGGACACUCGUGGUAAGCUGCUGUAUCUCUUCUUCCCAUAGUUUCAACGCGUGCUGUGCUCGCUCCGCUUCUUGUCGACGCUGAGCUUGCUCGUCUUUAAGUCGCGCUUCGAGCUGGAACUUCGUCUCCGCUUGUUCGUGGAUAAAACGCAGUAGUGUCGCCUUCUCACACGCGGCAGUCUGUACGUCGCCUGAUAGCUGCGCCAUCUUCUCGUCUAGAGCAACACGCUCCUUCUCCAGUGUAGCCACCCAUGACUCACGCACUGUACGCGCAUCUUCUAACUCUUCUUCGCGCUUCUGGGAGAUCUGAAGUUGUGUUCGCAGUGUUGACACGAGUUUCCGUUCUUGAGCGAGUUGCAGAGCUAGCGCUUCACUAUGGUCUUGUAGCUUUGAGAUCUCGAAUAGAAGACCGGUGUGUAGACAGCCAUUGAGCGCGUACGACUCGAGGCGAGUGUCUAAAGCUCGUUGCACGAUGGAAAGCUUGUCUCUGGCUUCAUCUCGCUCUUGUUGAGUCUUCUCUAGGCCUUCAUCUUUCUUCUUGAGAGUGGUCUCUAACAAGCGCAAACGAGAACUGAGUUCGAGGUUGCACUGAACUAGAGACUUCCCCUUGGUGCCCAUGAAGAAACGAUGCUCGAUCUUCUUCGCAUAGUCGCGAUUGCUGAUUGCUUGUUGCUCGAGUUGUUUACGUUCAGACUGGAUGCGAUCGAUCUAAGUGCCAACGUUAGUGCAGUGGGGAUCAAAGCAAAAUGACUGAGUUCUUACGAGAUGUCGUAGCUUGGAGAUUUCCCGCUCGUGCUUUGUGUUGUGCUUAAUCACUUUCUUCAUCUCGCUGCGAAGCUGAUCAUUCUGGAAGUCGAUUACACUGGUUAGUACGAGCUGAUACACUAAAGAUCCUGCGAAGUCCCUCACCUUCUCUCUCACUUUCUCUAAUGUCAGUCGCGUUCGGAAGU